AUGUCGCGUAACAGCGCAGACGGGUAUCCCAGGUCUCCUCAAUGGAGUACUGAUUCAGACGACUCACUGUCCAACCUGUCACCCUACAUGUUCCCACCUACAGCUACCCCACCACGUCCAGGUGUAAGUAAUUUACGCAAACAACCUGAACAAAACCGCUUCUUUCCUCAACACGGUCAACAAAUAACGGAUGUGCCCAAACUACCGCCGGUGUUCAGGCCCGAUGGCCCUCGAAAGAAUGCCAGCAUGGGCCUUUCAUCGCCAAAAAUCGUAACUUUGAAUAGGGAUAACUUUCAACAAUUCGUUGCACCCAUGGAGAAAGUUCUCGUCUACUUUUACAAUAGCGAUGGAAAUCGGCACACCCCGCUGGAAAGCCAAUUUUCAGAGGCUGCAGACAGAAUGAAUCAUCCAGGGUAUGGCUUUGGGGCUGUUGACUGCGCCCUUGAGCAGGCAGUCUGCCAUCACUUCCAGAUAACCCAGCCUGCAGUGCUCAAACUCUUCUCCUACGGCUACGACUUGAGCACUAUAAACAGUCCAAUGAACUUCAGCGCUGAUGAGAUGCAACGGCUGGUAUCGAUGUCUCCAGUACUCAGGAAACCUCGCGCAGAAGAGGGUAAGAAUUUCAUAAAGAAGAAGCAGCAAGCACAAUACGGGUAG